UCACAGGAGUCGGGAUUCAAAGCCAUCCUUGGCGCACUUGGAGUAGUCGACCUCGGCUGAGCCCGCCUGGCGCAGCCACCGCACGCACCGCACACCCCCCCGAGACACACAGUCCUCGCAGCCAGACACACACCUGCACACACGAAAUGUACGCACACAGCUCAGGCAGGCAGGCAGGAAGGCAGGCGACCCCUGCCGUGGAAGUCUGUCUGCACAUCCUUAUUACUGCGCGUCGAGUGUGACGACGGAGGUUUUGAAGCCAUCGAACCACUCGACCUUCUUGCCCUCACUGCCGAAGUCACACAUGGCGUAUGGCGUGUCCGUCACUGGAGCGCCGCUGGUGGCGAAUGCGGCCAUGUAUGGCGCUGGUGGAGGGGCGAUCGAGGUGUGUGCCGUGUCGGACAGGUCAGACGGGAGAUUGAGGUUGUCAGAGAGAUACGCCGGGUGGGGACGGAGGAAGUUGCAGUGCAGAGGCGACGCCUGCAGUAUCCUCACCUGCAGUCGUUGAUCGAUCGCAUCAGAGACACAGAUGAAGUGACAGACAGAGAGACAGCUUGUGGGCUGACCAGACCGUGGUUAUGAGUUGCCAGGCCCUGGCCGAGGGCAUGCGAUGACACAGAAGCCCGCCUCAAGCACAUACCAAUACGCUGCCCCUGCAGUAUGGAUGGACGGACGGAUCCGAUCCACCGAUGGGAUGGACGGCGGGUGUGGGGCCUUUCUCUCUCUCUGAGUUGUCUGUUGUACAUGUGUCGUUGACCUGAUGGGCCCCAAGUAUCUGCUCGUCGGUGCAGCGCGCCAAGCCGAGCCCCAGCUCUCCCGUGUUGCCACCUAAUAAUGACAAUGGCAUCACGUGACGUGCGUGGUGCCUCCCUCCCCUCCGCGCCACACGCAGGAUUGUGUGUCGCCGAUCUGUCUGUCUGUCUGUCUGUCUGUCUGUCUGUCUCCCCGCCAGCCCGUCCGUCAUUGGCUGACGUACGCUUCAGAUAUGCCUCGAUGCGGACCUCAGUGCCGCCCACGGCACACGUCGGCACGACGCUCUCGACCACCGACGCGUCAAUGGCCGUGAAGUUGGCAAAGUCAUACAGACGGGCGAUGCCGUGCUCAUCUGCACACAACCCACAAACGCACACAGAGCUCUGAGCACACUUGCAGACAGCCCGGUGGCUGACACACCGCCGCCUCAGGCUCCUCUCUCUCACCGGCGCAGUCCUGUAUUCCGGGCGCGCCCGACUGUGCAAGCGAUGACAAGGGCAAGAGGCCGAUGAGCCACACGAAGGACAGGAGAGACAGACGCCGUCGAUGAGUCAU